AUGGCUGGGAAACGGACGCACGAGGAGUUUGAGCCUCAAGAAGCUGUCCAUGAAUCACGCCAAUUCCAGGUCUACGGCAGUACGCCAAAACGCAAACCAUCCAAGAAGCCCCGCAGGACCGAACCCCCCGCACACAUGAACAGGAAGCAAGUGCACGCGUCGAGCGUUAACGCUAUCAAAAAACGGUUGCGCGAUGCGUCGAGGAGGCUUGAGCGUGCAGAAGACCUGCCCGCAAAUGUGAGAGUAGAAGAUGAGCGUGCCGUUGCGGCUUGUCAUCGAGAGUUGGCGGCUGCAGAAACUGAGAAGAUGAAGCAAAAAAUGGUCAAGAGGUAUCAAAUGGUCCGAUUUUUCGAGCGACAGAAGGCCGGCAGGGCCGUGAAGCGGUUGCGCAAACAGUUAUUAGAAGCUCAGUCCGAAGACGAAGUGAAGGAUUUGAAGACACAGAUGCACGAAGCCGAAGUCGAUCUAAACUACACCCAAUACUGCCCACUCAGUGAACCAUAUUGCGGUCUUUACCCCCACAAGAAGGCUACAGCCGAUGAGGAAGAGGCUCCCAAGGUAGCCGAGAAUCCGCCAAAACCUCCUCUAUGGGCAGAAGUGGAGAAACGUAUGGAAGAGGGGACUCUAGAUGAAUUGAGAAACCGGGUUACCAAACAGUUCAUGUCAAGACCACUAGAGAUGCGCCCCUCAAGGCCUAAACCAGAUCCUACUUCUACGCCAGACAUGUCGGGACUCAAUCGUAGGGAAAGGAGAGGUCAACUUCGUGCUCAGGAAGGAGGCACCAAGAAAAAUAAAUCCAUUGGAUUUGAGAAGAAUGCCAUAUUUGGGGCCUCUGAAAGUCACCAGAGGGAUGACACAGAGGGUGAGGAGAGUGAGGGUGGUUUCUUUGAGGACUAG